UUUCGCCCCACCCCCCGGCCAACCAAUGGGCAGAGGCGGGGGCGUGCCGUGAGGCGGGCAGCCGGGCGCGGGGCUCUCUUCCUCGUGCUCAGCGUUGAGCCCCGGCUGCAGCCGCCGCCUGCUGCCGCCGCCACCGCUGCCACCGCAGCCACCGCAGCCAUCGCAGCCACCACCGCGGUCGUCCCUGCCCGGCCCAUCCCAGAGGUGCGCCUGCAAGGCUUCUUCUUGUGUCCCUGGAGCAUGGGAGGCUGCUGAGCUUGAGUGGAGGUGUACAGCAGGAGCUGUGUGUUUCACCUGGUGGCAGGGAGGGCGUCCAUGGCUGCGGCCAACAAGGGCAAUAAGCCCAGAGUCCGGAGUAUCCGCUUUGCAGCAGGCCAUGAUGCUGAAGGCUCCCAGAGCCACGUCCACUUUGAUGAGAAGCUACAUGAUUCAGUGGUCAUGGUCACCCAGGAGGGUGACAGCAGUUUUCUGGUCAAGGUUGGCUUCCUGAAGAUCCUGCACAGGUAUGAGAUUACCUUCACUCUGCCCCCUGUGCGCAGGCUGAGCAAGGACAUCCGUGAGGCACCUGUUCCCAGCCUUCACCUCAAGCUCCUCAGCGUCAUGCCCAUCCCUGAAGGUUACAGCAUCAAGUGCGAGUACUCAGCACACAAGGAGGGCGUCCUCAAAGAGGAGAUGCUACUAGCCUGCGAGGGUGGCACAGGCGCCUGUGUACGCGUGAUGGUACAGGCACGUGUCAUGGACCGGCACCAUGGCACGCCCAUGCUCCUGGAUGGUGUCAAGUGUGUGGGUGCAGAGCUGGAGUAUGACUCUGAGCACAGCGACUGGCACGGCUUCGAUUGAGCCCCGCACCUGGCCAAGCUGCCUUGGGGCCCCUCAGCCUUAAACCCCACCUGCGUGAUGAUGUGGCUUCCUCGCCCUUCCCCCAGGGUGGGUGAAGGGAUGGUGUUGGGGCCUCACCCACACCUCUCACCUCUGCCUUCAUUCUGCCACCACCCCGCCUCUCCUGUGUUCUCCUCUCCCACUUCCUCCUCUUCGUGUGCCUCAGUCUCCUGCCAGAAGAAAUGGGUUGAGCCCCCAAGGAGGCUAUCCAAGGAGGGGAAGGGGAGAGCCUGGGGUGGGUUCUAUCCACUCUCCAUCCCAAGCCAUGUGGGCUCCAGUCAGGGUCUGGGAGAGGACUGAGUGGCUCUGUGACGCCAAUGCCCCAUUACUACUGCUGCUGCUGCUGCUGCCUCUCUGCCUCAGCCACCUCUCCCACCCCUCCCUCUUCCCCACUGCUACCUUGUGAGUAGGAGGGAGGUGCAGUUCCCAGCCCCUGCCCCUCAGGUCUGUGUUACUUGGUUUUUAAAUGACUGGUUGGGAUAGAACCCAUAAGAAAUAAAAAUUUCAGUGGAUACCAGA